AGUGUCUUCCUGGCCUCCCCACAGUGCUGGCCUCUGCCUCCAUCUCAGUCACACAUGUCCAGCCUCCAGGCGCUGUGCUCUGGCCUGCCCCUGCGGCCCCUCCCAGAGAACCGGGGACGCCAGGCUGGGGUGCCCCAUGCCCCAGUCAGGACCCCCAGCCUCAGCCCUGCGGAGAAACAGCUGGCGCUGAGGAACGCCCUGCGCUACUUCCCGCCGGAUGUCCAGGAGCUGCUGGCCCCAGAGUUUGCCCAGGAGCUGCAACUGUACGGGCACAUCUACAUGUACCGGUUUUGCCCUGACAUUGAAAUGAGGGCCUACUCGAUUGAGCAGUACCCCUGCCAGACGAAAGCAGCUGCCGCCAUCAUGCACAUGAUUAUGAACAACCUGGAUCCUGCCGUGGCCCAGUUUCCCCAGGAGCUGGUGACCUAUGGAGGAAAUGGGCAGGUGUUCAGCAACUGGGCUCAGUUCUGGCUGACCAUGUUCUACUUGUCGAAGAUGACAGAGGAGCAGACUUUGGUCAUGUACAGCGGGCACCCACUUGGCCUCUUUCCCAGCAGUCGCAGUGCCCCACGGCUUGUCAUCACCAAUGGGAUGGUCAUUCCCAACUACUCCUCCCGGACGGAGUAUGAGAAGCUCUUUGCCUUGGGGGUUACAAUGUACGGCCAGAUGACAGCAGGUAGCUACUGCUACAUCGGUCCCCAGGGAAUCAUCCACGGCACUGUGCUCACUGUGUUGAAUGCUGCACGUCGGUACCUGGGCAUCGAGGACUUGGCUGGGAAGGUCUUUGUCACCUCUGGGCUCGGUGGAAUGAGUGGGGCUCAGGCCAAGGCCGCAGUCAUCGUGGGGUGCAUCGGUGUGAUAGCAGAGGUGGAUAAAGCAGCCCUUGAGAAACGCUACAAGCAGGGCUGGCUGAUGGAAGUGACUGACAGCUUGGACCGCUGCAUCCAGAGGCUCAGGGAAGCAAGGAAAAAAAAGGAGGUGCUCAGCCUUGGUUACCAUGGCAACGUGGUGACUCUUUGGGAGCGCCUGGUCCACGAAUUGGACACGACGGGGGAGUGCUUGGUGGACCUGGGGUCAGAUCAGACAUCCUGCCACAACCCGUUCAAUGGCGGCUACUACCCCGUGCAGCUCAGCUUCACGGAGGCCCAGAACCUCAUGGCGUCCAACCCUGCUGUGUUCAAGGACCUGGUCCAGGAAAGCCUGAGGAGGCAAGUCUCAGCCAUCAACAGGUUGGCCGAGGAGAAGUUCUUCUUCUGGGACUACGGCAAUGCCUUCCUCUUGGAGGCCCAGAGAGCAGGAGCAGAUGUGGAGAAGAAAGGUGCUGGCAGGACAGAGUUCCGCUACCCUUCCUACGUGCAGCACAUCAUGGGGGACAUAUUCUCCCAGGGAUUUGGGCCUUUCCGCUGGGUCUGCACAUCGGGGGACCCCCAGGACCUGGCGGUCACAGAUGAACUGGCCACAUCUGUGCUGGAGGAAGCCAUUGCUGAUGGAGUGAGGGCGUCUGUGAAGCUGCAGUACAUGGACAACAUCCGCUGGAUCCGGGAGGCCGCCAAGCAUCGGCUGGUGGUGGGCUCCCAGGCAAGGAUCCUGUACUCAGACCAGAAGGGCCGCGUGGCCAUCGCUGUGGCCAUUAACCAGGCCAUCGCCUGCAGGAGGAUCACGGCGCCGGUGGUCCUGAGCCGAGACCACCAUGACGUGAGCGGCACCGACAGUCCCUUUAGGGAGACCUCCAACAUUUACGAUGGCUCUGCCUUCUGUGCAGACAUGGCUGUGCAGAACUUCGUGGGAGAUGCCUGUCGCGGAGCCACCUGGGUCGCCCUUCACAACGGAGGGGGCGUGGGCUGGGGUGAGGUGAUCAACGGGGGAUUCGGCCUCGUGCUGGACGGUACCCCGGAGGCCGAGCGGAGAGCCAGGCUGAUGCUCAGCUGGGAUGUCUCCAAUGGUGUGGCCCGGCGCUGCUGGUCAGGGAACCAGAAGGCCUAUGAGAUCAUCUGCCAGACCAUGCAGGAGAACAGCAGCUUGGUGGUGACACUGCCCCACAAGGUGGAGGACGAGCGGGUGCUCCAGCAGGCCCUGCAGCUCUGAGGGAGCCAGGAGUCGCGGCCCCUGCCUCCUUUCCUCCCUGGCGAUCCUCACCUGCCCAGCCAUGGCGCACACCCUUCCUGCACACCCACACCACCUGCACUUCUCGCACAUCCUCACGCGGCCCUUAUGGUGCCCUGUGCAGGGUGCCACCACAGCUUCAUUUUACAGACAGCCCCCUGAGGCCCAGAGACAUGCAGCUCUCUGUCCACGAGCAUGCCACUUGCAUGGGAGCCCUGAAGGCUGUCAAUGUCCAUUUAGGGACGAGUCCCAAGCCUGCCCGGGGGCCCUGCGGUGAACACUGGCCAAGCUCUCUCCGGCUGGGAUGAUCACACCCUCUGCCUCCUGGCCACCUGCCAGCCUCCAUGUCUGUCUGCUGCCCAUCUGCUGUCUGUGCAAGCACUUUCUGGACCCUUGGCACCCUGGGCUGCUGGCCUGGAGGAGUUCGUGAAGGAGGAUAGACCAGGAAAUAAAGGGUUCAACAGAGCUGUGUGCUGCACUGUGGGCUGGUGGGAUGGGCAGGCCGGGUCUGCCCUAAGGAUAAAUGAUCACUUACUGGGGAAGAAAUGAGAGAGCAGGGGCAUCCCCCUAGGCCAGCACAGCCUGAGGGGUACAGCAAAGGGGACCUCAGGAAGCAUGUUGGCCCCUGAGGCUGGAGUCUGGCACCCCCGCCCAAUCCCAUAGCCCGGCAAUGGCUGGGUCCAGAGCCUCGUGAGAGGUCACUGGGAUGGGGGAAGUGGCCUCUGUCAGGGCCAGGGCUCAUGAAUCUCAUUCCCUUAGCUGGGCAUGCAGCAGACGAACAGAUAACUCAUCCUAAACAGAGAAAUGAGAAAGAGCCUGUGGGGUGGGCCUCUGAGGGCCACAGAAAACCAGACACCCCACAUGUCUGUGGAUUGGAGGGGGCAGGCCACUGCCCUCUCCAGGACCAAGCCAGGUUCUUGGUCCUCACCCUCCCUGCACUCCGCAUCUCCUCCCCAGCAGCCAUUCUCACCUUUCCCUUGUGGACAAAAGCCUAGUUCUGUGUGGGCAGCAAUAUAGGGUAAAAAAACCACCUGAUUCUCCAGCCUUCCUUGCUGUGAGGAGGGACUGUUGGCCUAGUCCUGGCCCACGAGAUGAGGGCGGGGUCUGUGGGGCAGGGCUUCUUGAGAGCCAUCGUUUUUCUAAUAAAAUGGACAGAUCC